ACUUAUUUUGUAUAGCUUCAGAAAGAUAGAGUCCCAGGAUCAAUGCAUAGAAGUAAAAAGGAUACAGAUUUUGCUCAACAUAAAGUACUUUGAGAGAACCCGAGCUCCUCAAGAGGGAAUGAGCUAAACUGUUCUACGAAUCCAGAUGCCACCUAGCAGAAUGUAACUUAGAGGGGGCUACAUAAAUGAUUUUCCCAUCAUUUUACAGAAUUCUGAGGUUUCUAGAGCAUCUUUCUCAGAGCAGAAAAGCAAGGGGCCUCAAGACUCCCACCACACAGUUCUACUUCUCUGCUUUUUAUUGGCCUUUUGAAUGUGAAAUUCUAAGAAGAUGAUUUAUUGUUUCAGAUUUAUUCUCAAUUUUGUUUCAAAGUAAAAGAAUGUAUCCAAAGUGUAUACUUACAUGUAGAAUAUCCAAGAGGCAAUGAUUUUAAUAUGAAAAAUGAGACAUUAGACUCAAGGUUACAGGAAUAUUUGAAAUGAAGUGAAGUUUGCUCCAAACCAAUCUCCAAAUAAGCCAGUGUAUCUAGGAAUUACUGCCCUUGCACAUUUAAGCAAACCCCUUAAAUUUCUCUGAACUUCAGUUUUCUUACCUGUAAAAGAGAAGGAUGAAGAAGCACACCUCCCUACAGCUCAAAGGGUCAUUUGGAAGAUCAAAUGAUAUAAUGUAAAAUAAAAAUACUUUGUACCAGUGAAUUGUUAACAAAACCUAUAAAUGUUCAUUAUUAUUCACUCCUUAGUUACUUCUGUUUCUCUAACAGCUUUGGAAUCCCAGAACACAACAACACAGCAUUUUGUGACUGAGUUUGUCCUUCUGGGUUUCCCUGGUCGGGGGGAGAUGCAGAACGUUUUCUUCUCAUUCAUCCUGGUGGUCUAUCUCCUCACCCUGCUGGGGAAUGGGGUUAUUGUCUGUGUAGUGAAAUGGGACAAGCGACUUCACACACCCAUGUACAUCUUCUUGGGAAACUUUGCCUUCCUAGAGAUCUGGUACAUUUCUUCUACUGUCCCAAACAUGCUGGUCAACAUCCUCUCUGAGACCAAGACCAUCUCCUUCACUGGAUGCUUCCUCCAAUUCUAUUUCUUUUUUUCACUGGGUACAACAGAAUGUUUCUUCUUAUCGGUCAUGGCUUAUGAGCGAUACCUCGCCAUCUGUCGCCCACUACACUACCCCUCCAUCAUGACUGGGAAGCUCUGUGUGGUCCUGGUCUGUGUUUGCUGGGUGAGUGGAUUUCUCUGCUAUCCAGUCCCCAUUGUCCUCAUCUCCCAACUUCCCUUCUGUGGACCCAACAUCAUUGAACACUUUGUGUGUGACCCAGGCCCAUUGUUCGCACUGGCCUGCAUCCCUGCUCCUUCCACUGAGUUUAUAUGCUACACCUUCAACUCACUUAUUAUAUUUGGGCCCUUCCUUUCCAUCCUGGGAUCUUACACUCUGGUACUCAGAGCUGUGCUUCGUGUUCCUUCUGGUGCUGGUCGAACUAAAGCUUUCUCCACAUGUGGGUCCCACUUAAUGGUGGUGUCUCUAUUCUAUGGAACCCUUAUGGUGAUGUAUGUGAGCCCAACAUCAGGGAACCCAACAGGAAUGCAGAUCAUCACUUUGGUAUACUCAGCAGUGACUCCACUCUUAAAUCCCCUUAUCUAUAGUCUCCGAAACAAAGACAUGAAAGAUGCCCUAAAGAAAGCCCUAGGAGGAUCAUACAAAGACAUAACUCAGAAUUCUCAACAAUGA